AUUUGGAACUUUGUGCUUCCUUGUGUUGCUCUCUGCACAAUAACAUUUUUUAUGGACCGACCUGUCACUACAGUCUUCAGUGCAUUGUUGUUAAAUGAUAAUAGCACCUGAUGAUAUCUUUUUGCAACAGUAUAGUUCUAUAAUAGUUCUGGGCAAAUGCAGAUUCUACAGAAAGCAUGUAACUUGCCAGUAGAAAUGAAGACAAAGAGCUUGUGUACAAGAAAAACAGACAAGUCUAUUCAUCAAAUCGAACCGAUCUUUAUCCAACAACAACAAAAACAACAACUACAAAUUCAAAGAAAAAAAAGAGCCAAACCCUGUGCCCAAGUCAAUGAACCUGAACUCCUCAGUGCACGGUUUCUCAUACCAGCUGGUCAUUCAACUUCCUAUCUGCUCUACGGCACAAAAGGCAAGUUGUUAUGAAUUUACCAAAAAUAAUUCACAGUUCUGUGCAACACGAAGGGAAAAAUGUGAAGAAGAGUUCUGGAAAUCUCAGCCUGUUUGUGUUCAGAGAAGAAGAGAACUUGACCAAUCACGCAAGGCCAACAAUCAGAGCCAAUUCCAGCCAGGUUGGAACCAGAUGUCCUACAAGGUGAACUACUCUCCCCUCCUGCGCGCAAACACGCCAGCGCCUCAGCCGUGCCAUAAAGUGCGUGACGUAGCCAACAGCUCCAGUAUGAAAGGGCAAACUCUGCUCGGCCAGACAGACGGCGGUGCAGUGUUCUGCGGGUCGGGGCCUCAUCUGUGGCCGGACGGUGCCGAGGAGACGCCAGCGAUGGAGAGGCUGCUGAGGAAGUGCCGGAUCAGAAACCGGCUGGUCAGGGAGUGCAUGGCCGAAUGCCUCGGCGUCUACGUCCUGAUUCUGUUUGGAUGUGGCGCCGUUGCCCAGGUGACCACAACUCAAGAUAAGAAGGGGCAGUACCUGUCGAUCAAUCUGGGUUUCGCCCUGGGCGUCACAUUCGGGGUGUUUGUGUCCCGUGGCGUCUCAGGUGCCCAUCUGAACCCUGCCGUUUCUCUGAGCAUGUGUGUUCUGGGCAGACAUCCGUGGCUGAAGCUGCCUUUCUACGUCUUCUUCCAAGUGCUCGGGGCCUUUUUGGCCGCAGCCACUGUUGGUCUGCAGUACUACGAUGCCAUCCGGAUGUACAGCGGAGGCCAGCUGACGGUGUCGGGUCCCACGGCCACAGCAGGCAUCUUCUCCACCUACCCAGCUGAUUACCUCAGUGUGUGGGGAGGUGUCAUGGACCAGGUGAUAGGCACGGCUGCACUGCUGCUGUGUGUCCUGGCUCUUGGAGACCAGAGCAACGCCUCCCUCCCCGACGGUCUCCAGCCCGUCCUGGUGGGAGCAGCGGUGCUGGUUAUUGGCAUCUCGAUGGGCUCGAACAGCGGCUACGCCCUCAACCCAGCCAGGGAUUUCGGGCCUCGCUUGUUUACGUACAUUGCCGGCUGGGGAGUUAAUGUUUUCAAGGCUGGAGGAGGCUGGUGGUGGGUUCCUAUAGUGGCUCCGUGUGUCGGAGCUCUGCUGGGAACACUGAUCUACGAACUGAUGAUCGAAGUCCACCAUCCUCCUGCCGCGUCCGAGCUCCAGACCUCGUGUCAGGAGGCCACCGAGGGCAAGACGGGGCUGGAGUUGGAUGGGGUGGAGCCAGCCUGCGAAAAACCCACCACGGGAUAAAAUUAUGCCUAAAAAAAGAAAGUGUCAUGAACAUAGUAAAAUGCUAUUCAAGGUGUGAUACCCAGUGAAACUGAGUAAAUGUACCCUGUGACUAAUGUCUUUGGAACAUGUAGAUUGAUACCCAGUACAGAAUAUUCUGCUUUCCACCACUUAAGAUGGAUUAAUAUGCAAUUUUGUACAAACAAUGGCCCCCAGAGGACUAAUACUCCUUAGGGAUCUUAACCUGACACCAGACAAUCAUGGUCCCCAGAUGAUAAAUCCCAUUUGGUUAUUCCUUAACUUUUCCUCUGGUGCCACCAUCAGGUCAUACUUUUAAUCGUGUCCAAUAUUUGCAAAACGAAUGACGAUUCCUAUGGAAGAAGCGUUUAGCUGCCAGGACAGAAGAAGUAGAACUGAUCAGUUUCACGUUAAAACGUGACAAAGUUCAAUGUAUUAACAAGUUUUUUUACAUCAUAGCAAGAUAAGUUUAUUGGUAUAACGAGAUGUUUUUCCACUUUUACGUUAUUUCAAAAUACAAACCACAUUGUAACGUGCAACGUUUCAUAAAAUACUGAAGUUACGCAAAACAUUUAACGUGUUAAGGUGGAAAAACAUCUUAUUACGAUAAACUUAAUACUACAUUUUAACACUGCUGAUGUUUUUUUCCAUAAUGUGAUUUACAGGUAAAUACAACAUGAACAGAAAUGAAAAUCUUUCAGUGUGAAUGUGACCCUCCAACUCUUGCAGAAGAAGUCAAUUGUCUCUUUUACACAUUUAUUUUCGAAACAGCACAAAAGUGUAUGGUAUUUUCAGCAAGCAGACCACAACCAUUGAAAAAAGAAUGACAUGAUAUUUCCACUACUGAGCUAUUUAAAUAUGAUAGCAUGACAUAUAAAAAGAUACAAACAGAAAGAAAGUCCACUCAUAGGCCUCCGUCACGUGACAACGAAGGCUGUUUUUGAAAACGUACAAAAGAAAUGAGUACAGCAAGCACUGAUUCUGUCGAUUAAAAAAAAAAAAAGAACCAUCUCAAGAGAUAAACAUUUGUAUUCAUACACAUUAAGACAACAACCCCCA